UCCUAAAGAAAUCAACAGUGUGAUUAGAAAAUUACAUCAAUAUUAAUAACAAAAUGAAUCAAUCUACGUCAAAAAAUAAACACGCUGUACGCACAAAAAUGAUUUUGAACAAAUAAUUUGAUGUCGAGACGGCAACAUGAAACCAUAUCGCCGAUCAAAUAAAGUUUUUAUGGUCGAACAGCUACGCUCGGCGUCGAGGCUGGGUCGUGUACGCGUGCUUGCGCGGGAGUUCGCGAGCGACGUGCAGUCCCUGUGGCGGUACGGAGCGCCGUUCCCCACGUUCCUGAAACUCAUCGGCACACUGAUCCUCUGUCUCCUCGUCGUGAUGCCACUCAUCUACCCAGUGUUCGUUGUCGUCAUCUCAUACUUUACAUGCGAAAGCUUAUUUCUGAGCUGGUGGUUGGACCAGCCGGGGCGGUUCCUACCAAUGCCGAUAGCGCGCCGAACUCUCUCAGCUGGGUUCCGGCCAACCAGCCCACCAGACGUAUGGAAAGUGCGUGAGGUGCUCACACGCGGCAUUCUGCUCACACACUCCCUGGCCACUUCCGUCGACUACCUGUGCGUCAUGCAAGGACUCCUUGAUGAAGCCUAACGUAAACAAACUACCUAUGAAUAUAGAACCUUAAACUUACAUAGGUAGAUAAAUCAAUCAGGCUCGUUUAAAGUCUGUUCAUGAUUCAGUAGUCAAUUAUAUUGUAUUCUCCUUUUUUUAAUUGUAAUCAUAUGCACGACUUUUAUACAAUGCCUUCAUAAAACAACUGAUAAAGUCUAUCAUCGGUUUUAAUGGGCACUUAUUUUUACACUUAAUGAAAGUUGUUAAAGGGAA